AUGUCAGGUCCGCCCUUUACGGUUCGCUCGGUCUUCGAGUAUGUUUCGGACCACGAUGACGAUCUCAACUUCCCGAUCGGUCAAAUCGUGACCGUCACCGCCCUAGAGGACGAUGAUUGGUACUACGGUGAAUACUCAGACGCCCAGGGGGUCAAGAAGGAGGGCAUAUUCCCGAAAAACUUCGUUGAGAAAUAUGAGCCUCCGGCCCCUCCGAGACCAUCUCGACCCAGACCCAAAAAAGAGCCCGAGCCAGUGCCAGUGGAGUCCCCCGUGGUCGAAAGCAAGCAGGCUGAGCCCGAGCCCGAACCAGAGGUGCAGCCCACAGAGGAAGAUCAUGAGAUUACAUCUUCGCAGUCGCCUCUCCCCCAGUCUCCUCCUCUAUCUGCGAGUGCGCCUAUAGCAGAAGCUGUAUCCCCACCCUCGCAGCCGGCAAAGGCGCCCGCUCCCGUACCUCCCGUGGCCCCAACUGAAUCCGCAGCCAAGGCACCCUCAAAACCUGCGCCUCCAGCCGUAGCGGAGAAACCCUCGGGGUCGUCGUUCAGGGAUCGCAUUGCUGCAUUUAACAAGCCCGCAGCAGCACCCGUUACCCCGUUUAAACCGGGCGGUUCCCAGCCAUCCUUCGUCAAGAAGCCUUUCGUCGCACCACCUCCUAGCCGGGACGCCUACAAGCCUCCACCGAGAGAACCUGCACCCAAGAUCUACAAAAGAGACGAGGAUCCCGAUGUGAAGGAACAAAUUGCCCGCGAGCCCCCGGUUUCUGAAAGCCGGCCUGCUCCGAUUCAAGGCGGCGAAGAGGGCGCCGAGGACCAGCCCAAGCCAACUAGUUUGAAAGACCGAAUUGCAUUGCUCCAGAAGCAGCAAUUAGAGCAAGCUCAGCGUCAUGCCGAAGCAGCUCAGAAGAAAGAAAAGCCCUCCCGCCCUGCUCCUAAGAAGUCAAUGGAUGAACCUGUUGCUCCUGCAGCCCUUGAUGAGGAACAGGAGUCACCGUCUGUUGAAGAAUCGUCGGCCGCCCGAGAUCCUAGUGUUGAUACACUGAGGGCCACGGCUCCUUCACAGCCUGCUGCUCCGUUCUCGCCCACACAAGAAGUCGCGAGUGACGCCAAUGAUGCCGACUACUCGGCUGCUGCGGACUCCGAAGAUGCAGGUGAAACGUCCACUGGUAAGGAUGAUGAGGAAGAUGAGCCUCAGCCUCGUCCCGUCGCCCAGCGUCAACAGUCGACUCGCACAGUCGAGCAAACUGCUGAGGCAGAUGCUGAAGAUCAGGGCAAUGCAGAAGAAGAGGAGGAGGAGGAGGAGGAGGAAAUGGAUCCUGAAACCAAGCGCAGAAUGGAACUGCGCGAGCGGAUGGCCAAGAUGAGUGGCGGCAUGGGUAUGAUGGGUCUCUUCGGCCCGCCUGCCGGAGGUAUGCCAGGCAUGUCUGGUGCCGGUGGUGUUCGCAAGCCCAAGACUCCCGGUGAGUCAGAGAAGAGGCUUGCAGAGCCCGAAUCUGAGCCCACCUCCCCGGCCAAUGCCCCCCCAGUGCCUAUGAUUCCCCUCCCUGGAAUGCACGUGGCUAGCAAGCCGGUACCUUCUUCUACUGAAGUGGAGAAGGAAGUGGAGGAGCCUUUAGCAACUCCACUCACGGAACAACACUCUGCACUCGAGACGCCAGACGUCGAGGAGGUCAUCCACGAGGGUGCGCUGCCUCGUGCUUCUAUUGAUCGUCCGGUCCCGGCUCCCCCAUCCCAAGAUCAUUCGGCUCCACCUCCACCUCCUCGAGAGUCAAGGCCCGUCCCGACUGUUCCAGGUGAGCCACCGGCUUCCCCUCCGCCAGUUCCUGGAGCCCGACCGGUUCCUCCUCUACCACGGCCCACCACUGCCGAUAAGGGUGACGAGUCCGAUGAUGAAUUGUCGGUGCACACAUCUAGUCUGUCUUUGAAUACCUCAGCUGCUCCACCAGCUGUGCCUGCACCUGCGAUACCUGAUCAGAUUGACUCUCGCCGUGCCGAAACAUAUGACCCCGUGCCCUCUACGGCUUCAACCCCUGCAGCUGAGAAGAGAGCUAGCCGUGUACCACCUCCUAUUCCUGUCAAUCCACCCAUGCCACCAUCGUCGCAAGGCCGCGCUCCCCCUCCACCGCCUCCGGAUCAGCUUCGUCGCCGAUCUACCGCUGAUAGUCGCAUGAGUGCGUUGUCCCCUGCUCGACAGGCUGGAGAAGAAGCGGAAGGAGAGGUUACUGAAUAUGAUGGAGAUUACGACACUGAUAUCGCAUCGGGAGUGAAACACAAGGAUGCUCUGAAAGCCCACGAACGUGACUCCAGUCUUGACGAGGGUAUUACGACCGAUGACCAUUCUAUUCAGUCCCCGCGCAGCCCCCAGGAAUCCCGGCAUCCCCCUCCUCCUCCACCUACGGCUCCCAGAGCAGUUCCGCCUCCGCCCCCAAACCAGCCGCCCCGAAAUGCACGUGCGUCUAUUGACACACCCAGGGGGCCGCCUCCUCCUCCCCCGCCCCGAGAGCUAGUUAGCGAUGACGAUGAUGUUGAGUAUGACCCUUUCAACUACUCCGCUCCCCGACAUGGUCUUCCCACAUCUCCGCCCCUCCCGCACGGCCGCCCAGAGGCUCCUCCUCCUCCCCCACCGCAACAAGCAGCCGAUGGAUACGACGAUCUCUAUGAUGCACCCCCUGUACAAAGCCCGGUAAAAGAAAGACCCUCCCCUUUGCAUGAGAAGCGUCUUUCACUGGCUCCUCUGCCUCCGCAAAGCCAGGCUCCGGGGUUGCCAUCUCCGUCCACAGCCCGAACCCAGCGGGCAUCUAUGGAUCUUCUCAGAAAUCAGCCUAACGUUCGUCGGUCUAUGGAUGUUUCUCGUCCAUCUAUUGACCAAGGCUACCAAGGCUACAUUGCCACUGAUGUUGAUUUCGCCGAGUAUACCCUCUGGUGGACCAAACCAAACACUCCGCCUCCAGCUUUCCAGAAUCGCAGUGAUCUGCUUUUCGAGAUCGAGGAAACCGCAUCCACGAACCGCGGUGGCAAAACUACAGUCUCGAAGGAUGUAUACAUCCUGUUCCUCGAUUACUCUCAGACAGUCUUGAAUGUUCAAUUCGACCCUAAGAACCCUGCGGAUGUUUCCUUCGAGCAGCGUCAUGAACCCCCGCCGCUCCCGCUUCGCCAGGACCAGCUUGAGCAGGCCCAUAUUCAGCUCGGAACGCGAAUCUCGGAAGCUGUCAACUCGAUCCAAAACUCUACUGUUGGGGAUGGCACUCCGUUCGGGCUGGUCCAGUAUCUUCUCAGCCCUCUUUCCGACGCACUACUUCCCGUGGGGACCCGCGGAUAUGGUGCCUCGGUUUAUUCCAACCUAGCCAAUGCCUCUGUGACUCAGAACGACGAAAUCCGCGCCGGUGACAUUGUCAGCUUCCGCAACGCCCGAUUCCAGGGCCACCGCGGCACCAUGCACCAGAAGUACAGCGCGGAGGUUGGAAAGCCCGACCACGUUGGCAUCGUGGUCGAUUGGGAUGGCACAAAGAAGAAGAUCCGAGCCUGGGAGCAAGGCCGCGAGAGCAAGAAGGUCAAGAUGGAGAGCUUCAAGCUAAACGACCUCCGCAGUGGCGAAUGCAAGGUCUGGCGAGUGAUGCCCCGUAGCUGGGUGGGCUGGGAAGCCAGCAAGUAA